AUGUCGACUAGUAACAACAAAAACAACAAACCUUUUCUAUUCCCUCAAGCUAACUCCACUGUCCUCCCUGACCCCUCCAACUUCUCUCCAAAUCUUCUAUCCACACCCCUCCCUACUAACUCAUUCUUCCAAAACUUUGUUCUCAAAAAUGGUGACCAACCUGAAUACAUUCAUCCUUAUCUCAUCAAAUCAUCUAACUCAUCACUUUCUGUCUCAUAUCCAUCUCGCUCUUCCAACUCCAAAGUCAUAUCCCAAAUAUUCAAACCUGAUCUCACAAUCACUUCCUCCAAAAAAGAUAACCAAAAAGGUUCCAAUGAAAAGCAUGUCAUCUCUUCCUAUAGUGACCUCAGUGUCACCUUAGACAUUCCUUGUAUCAAUAUGAGUUUCUUUCUUGUUAGAGGAAGUCCUUAUGUCACUCUUUCUGUAACAAAACCAUCUCCUCUUUCGAUAUCAACCAUUCAUGAUAUCAUUUACUUCUCAUCAAAUGAUUCAUCUACAAAGUUUACUAUCCGGUUUAACAACAAUCAAGCAUGGAUACUAUAUUCUUCGAUCAAAAUAAAGUUGUCUCAUAGCCGUUCUGAGAUCACUUCUGAGGCCUUUUCAGGCACCAUUCGGAUAGUUUUGCUUCCGGAUUCUGACUCGAAACAUGAGGCUGUUCUUGACAAGUACUGUUUCUGCUAUCCUGUGUCAGGUGAUGCUAUACUAAGAGAACCAUUUUGUGUUGAGUAUAAAUGGGAGAAGAAAGGUUGGGGUGAUUUGUUGAUGUUAGCACACCCUCUUCAUAUUCACCUUUUAUCUAAGAAUGAUAUGAAUAAUGUUACUGUUCUGAACGAUUUCAAAUAUAAAAGCAUUGAUGGUGAGCUUGUUGGGAUUGUUGGUGGUUCAUGGAUUUUGAAAACUGAUCCUGUUUCUAUUAAUUGGUACUCUACAAAAGGUGUGAAUGAAAAACAUCAUGAAGAAAUUGUUUCAUCACUUUUCAAAGAAGUAGAGGGUUUGAAUUCGUCCUCUAUAAAAACAACAUCAUGUCAUACUUUUGGAAAACUGAUUGCAAGAGCUGCAAGGCUAGCUUUGAUUGCUGAAGAGGUUUUUUUCUAUGAUGUGAUUCCAAAGGUUAAGGUUAAGCAGUUUUUGAAGGAAACUAUUGAGCCUUGGCUUGAAGGAACUUUCAAAGGAAAUGGAUUUUUGUAUGAUAAAAAGUGGGGAGGCAUUGUUACUAAACAAGGGUGUAAUGAUUCUAAUGCUGAGUAUGGAUUUGGAAUUUAUAACAAUCAUCAUUAUUCAUUAGGACAUUUUGUUUAUGCAAUUGCAGUGCUUGUUAAGAUAGAUCCGGCUUGGGGUAGGAAGUAUAAGGCUCAAGUCUAUGCACUAUUGGAAGAUUAUAUGAACUUGAGCACAAGUCUGAACUCAAACUAUCCACGGUUGAGGUGUUUUGAUCUUUACAAUUUGCAUUCAUGGGCGGGAGGGUUAACUGAAUUUGCAGAUGGAAGGAAUCAAAUGAGCAGUAGUGAAGCUGUGAAUGCAUAUUAUGCUGCGGCGUUGUUUGGAAUGGCGUAUGGUGAUGCUCAUGUUGUGUCCAUUGGAUCAACACUUGCAGCUUUGGAAAUCUGUGCAGCAAAAAUGUGGUGGCAUGUUAGGAAGGGUGAGAGUUUAUAUGAAAAAGAUUUUACAAAAGAGAAUAGGAUGAUGGGAGUUCUUUGGUCUAACAAGAGGGACACUGGAUUAUGGUUUGCUCCGGCUGAGGCGAGAGAAGCUAGGCUUGGUAUUCAAGUUUUACCAUUGACUCCUAUUUCUGAAAUUUUGUUUUCUGAUGUUAAGUAUGUGAAGGAACUUGUUGAAUGGGCAUUGCCUGCUUUGAAAAGACAAGGUGUUGAUGAAGGAUGGAAAGGAUAUGUGUUUGCCUUGCAGGGAAUAUAUGACAAUAAAGUUGCAUUGACUAAUAUAAAGGGGUUUGAGGAGUGUAAUUCAUCGACCAAUCUCUUGUGGUGGUUACAUAGCAGAGGUUGA